CGCUUUGCAGCAGCUUCCAGGCCAAUUUUGUGUAGCUUGUCCAGCUGCUAUACACGAGGCAAUUCACUGCUGCUUGAGGAGGUGCUGCUGUUUAGCGUGAACGUCGGGUCGACCAGGAAUCGUCUCUCAGGAUAAAAUAAUGGCUCAACCUCAGGCGGUUUACGCGACGGACGAAUAUGGAAGGCCGUUUAUCAUCGUACGCGAACAAGCGAAAAAGACGCGUAGCCAUGGUGUAGAGGCUAUCAAGUCGCACAUCCUUGCUGCACGGACAGUCGCUAACAUAAUAAGGACAUCCCUGGGACCAAGAGGAUUGGAUAAAAUCCUCAUCUCACCCGAUGGGGACAUCACGGUAACGAACGAUGGGGCGACUAUCCUCGGACAGAUGGAAGUCGAACACCAGAUCGCGAAACUCCUUGUACAACUUAGCAAGAGUCAAGACGAGGAGAUCGGGGACGGUACAACAGGCGUCGUCGUUUUGGCCGGCGCGCUCUUAGAGCAGAGCGAAACUCUUCUCGAUCGCGGCAUCCAUCCUAUACGAAUAGCAGAUGGUUUCGACAAGGCCUGCUCCGCGGCGGUGAAGCACUUGGAUACGAUCGCCGACAAGAUCGAGUACUCAAAAACGGAGACGUCCAACCUCUUCAAGACCGCCAAGACCAGUCUCGGCAGUAAAAUUGUAUCCAAAGAGCAUGAUCAGUUCGCGCAAAUCGCCGUCGACGCCGUGCUCGCCGUCGCCGACCUCGAGCGGAAAGACGUGCCAUUCGACAUGAUCAAGGUCGAGGGCAAGGUCGGCGGCUCGCUCGCGGACACGUCACUCAUCCGGGGCGUGCUCGUCGACAAGGACAUGUCCCACCCGCAGAUGCCGUCGGUUGUCCGCGACGCCAAGCUCGCUAUCCUCACCUGCCCGUUCGAGCCCCCGCGCCCGAAGACGAAGCACAAGCUCGAUAUCACGAGCGUGGAGGAGUACAAGAAGCUGCGCGAGUACGAGAAAACCAAGUUCCAGGACAUGAUCAAGAUGGUCAAGGACACCGGCGCGAACCUUGUUAUAUGCCAGUGGGGCUUCGACGACGAGGCGAACCACCUCUUGAUGCAGAACGAGUUGCCGGCGGUGCGAUGGGUCGGCGGACCUGAGAUCGAGCUCAUCGCGAUUGCCACGCAAGGUCGGAUCGUUCCGAGGUUCGAGGACCUCACAGCGCAAAAGCUCGGCCGCGCCGGCCUUGUCCGCGAAGUCACCUUUGGCACCACCCGCGACAAGAUGCUCGUCAUCGAGGAGUGCGCCAACUCGCGGACCGUCACGAUCUUCGUGCGGGGUAGCAAUAAGAUGAUCGUAGACGAGGCAAAGCGGGCGCUUCACGACGCAAUCUGUGCCGUGCGUAACAUGGUCGUCGAUAACCGCGUCGUCUACGGUGGUGGUGCUGCGGACAUCAGCUGUUCGCUUGCUGUCGGCAAGGCCGCUGACGAGAUCCCGACAAUCGAGCAGUACGCCAUGCGCGCAUUCGCGUCCGCGUUGGACUCUAUCCCGCUCGCGCUGGCCGAGAAUAGCGGACUGUCCCCCAUCGAGACGCUGGCGGAGAUUAAGAGCAGGCAGGUGAAGGAAGGCUCACCCAACCUUGGCGUGGACUGCGUCGGCAGCGGCGAGAACGACAUGAAAAAGCAAUUCGUGUACGACCCUCUGAUCUCGAAGAGGCAGCAGUACCUGCUCGCGACCCAGUUAGUGCGCGCUGUGCUGAAGAUCGAUGAUGUCAUCACCGCAGGGGAGAUGGACGAGUAGAAGGACCUUGCACUGACGAUGUAUAUGAUACGUUGGCACAAGCAUAAUCCAUGCAGCUGAAAAGCA